AUGUGCAUAGUCGGUGAGAGUUCUAGCCACUGUGCCACCGACGCACAGACUAGUACUUGUAUAUCUGUUGUGUUUAUAAGCAAAUUGACUAGGGUCGUCAAUGAAGGUUAAUUGAAAGCAGCCUUUCCAUUGUUUUUAAGAAAGGUGAAGUAAUCGCAGUAAGUAUUAACUUAGCACUUGAUCCCCUUGAUGAUUUAGGCACAGGAACAAUUUUAAUGUCCUUCCAAGAAGCAGGCACAAUGUUGGUGGCAAAUGAUUCACUAAAAAUAUCAGUGAGAGGAUGACAUAAAAUGUCAGCAUAUUUCUCGAGGAUAAUAGCUGGUACACUGUCUGGACAAAGGGACUGGGUAAGUUUCAAGGAUUUGAGACACAUGAGGAUAUCGUUUGUCUUAAAACCGGAAAAGUCAUUAUUUGCACCUGUAGCAUUUGAGAUCAUAACGUCAGCUGGACAACAUAUGAAAGACUUACUAAGAGUACCAACAUCAACUAAAGAAGUAUCAUUAUUUAUUUGUUUACCAUCGGUGAUUUCCUGAAACAACUCUCACAUAUU